AAACAAAUAAAUCACAUCAGGUACGGUGCAUCUAAACUUCCACCUAUUUAUUAAUGACAGUUCUUUCAGUGUGAAGAUCACUAUAUAACAGGCUUGAGUGUGCGUCUUCAUGAACCAAAUACCCACCAUUCAGAUUACAACCCCAAUCAAAUGGCCGGGUACAGCAGGUUCCUUGUUCAAGAAACUCUAAUAGUUCUGUGCCUUCUCCUGUCUUCAACACCAGCCGCAACAUCUGUCGAUUCAUCGACAUUGAACCGGAGCUGCAUCGCAGAUGAGAGGGCUGCACUUCUGUCCGUCAAGGCAAGCCUCUUGGACCCAAAUAACUACCUAUCGUCAUGGCAGGGUGAAGAUUGCUGCAGCUGGAAGGGAGUCAGGUGCAGCGCAAAAACAGGCCAUGUUGUCAAGCUCAAUCUUAGGGGCAUGAAUUCAGAAAAAAUCGGAGGUGAGAUAAGCUACUCUUUAGUCAAUUUACAACAACUGAGGUAUCUGGAUUUGAGUUACAACGACUUCUUUGGGGUGCAAAUACCAGAGUUUCUCGGUUCCAUGUCGAGUCUUAGGUAUCUCAACCUUUCAUACACCUUGCUCUAUGGAAGGAUACCCCCACAACUUGGGAAUCUCACCAAGCUCAUCUACCUUGAUCUCAGAUGCUGGUACUUUUACAACCCUAGAUACAACUUACCCUUCUCAGUCGAUCUUGGAUGGCUGUCACAACUAUCCUCAUUGAAGCACCUCGACAUGAGCUAUGUAAACCUUACAACUGCUGUGGAUUGGGUUCAUGAAAUUAAUAGGCUUCCUACUUUGAAAGAACUUAACCUAAAAGACAGUGGACUCAGAAUUACAGUUCCUUCCCUUCGUCAGUUUAAUCUCACGGCACUCGAUGUGCUCGACAUCUCAUUUAAUAGCUUUGACACUUCAAUUGCUCCCAACUGGUUUUGGAACGCAACCAGCCUCACUGUUCUUAACCUCCAAUCUUGUUACUUCUAUGGUCCGAUUCCCAACGAGGUAGGGAAAAUGACAUCACUUGAACAAGUUUCCUUCCAAAAAAAUAAUCUCAUGGCAACCAUGAUACCACCAAGUUUCAAAAAUCUAUGCAACCUGACGCUUCUAGAUCUAGAGAGUAGCAAUACUACGGGGGAUAUCACAGAACUAAUGGAAGGGCUACCAAACUGUCGUUGGAACAAGCUGCAAAUAUUAGAUUUGUCUCUCAACAAUAUCAGUGGGGAGCUCCCAAAUCAAUUGGGGACGCUGAGCAACCUGAUCUACUUGGCUCUGUCAGGCAAUAGUCUUACAGGGAAAAUACCAUCAUGGGUAUGGGACCUGAGAAAAUUGAUACUUUUGGAACUUCGUGGGAACAAAAUAAGUGGUGUUGUCAAUGAAGAUCAUUUAAAUAGCCUUGCAGACCUAGAGCUUUUAGGGUUGGGCUCUACGCAACUUCAAAUAAAAAUCAGACCAGACUGGAUUCCGCCAUUCAAGGUGCAGGCUGUUCUCUUAGAAUCUUUGCAGCUAGGACCGGAAUUUCCAUCAUGGCUUAAAUCACAAACAAGCAUUAAGAUCCUUGGCAUGGCAAAUACAAGCAUAAAUGCAAUCCCGGAUUGGUUUUGGGUUGUAUUUUCAAAAGCAGACAUCUUGGAUUUGAGGUAUAAUCAGAUAUCUGGCACACUACCAGCAACUUUGGAAUUUAUGGCAGCAUAUACCUUGUUAUUGUCGAAUAAUAGAUUUAGUGGUGCGAUUCCAAAAUUUCCAAGAAAUAUAAGCUACAUAGACAUCUCCAGCAACUCUUUGUCAGGAACACUACCAUCAGACUUCCAAGUCCCGCAGUUAACGGGCCUGUUUCUCAAUAACAAUUCCAUAUCAGGCACUAUUCCAUUUUGGCUGUGCUCAUUAGAAAAAUUGCUAGUAUUAGACCUAUCUACAAACAUGCUGACUGGAGAGGUACCAAAUUGCCAAGAAGAUUCUUACCCAUACAAGAAUAAUUUGGUUACAGUAAACCUAAAUAACAACAAUCUCUCAGGAGAGUUCCCUUCAGCUUUUAGAAAUUUUCCGGACGUAAUCUUUCUUGAUCUUUCCUACAACAAAUUCUCUGGGAAGCUACCAGUGUGGAUAUGGGAGAAGAUGCCAAUCUUAGCACUGUUGCGUCUGCGGUCAAAUAGGUUUUAUGGACACAUUCCCAGUGAGCUUGCAAUGAGUAAAGAACUGCAGUUUCUAGACCUCGCAUACAACAAGUUAUCUGGAAGCAUACCUCACUCAAUAGUUAACUUGAGUGCAAUGGCUCGUAAUUCUGGAUACAGUGAAAUUCUUCAAAGAAGCAUAGCUGGUCUUUUCGGAGCUCAUUUGUAUAAUUCCAUGUUUUAUUUGAUUAGUUUCAGAGAAACUGUAUCUGUUUUUACCAAAGGGCAACAACUUGAAUUUUCUAGUCAGCUCAGAUAUAUGGUGUUUCUCGAUUUGUCAUGUAACAACUUAACUGGAGAGAUCCCUCAAGACAUUGGUGCUCUUAUUGUGCUGAAAGCGUUCAACCUGUCUUGGAACCAGUUGAGUGGGGAGAUCCCUGUGAGUAUUGGCCAGCUUAAAGAACUGGAAUCUCUUGAUCUCUCAAAUAACGGGCUGUCAGGCGAAAUCCCUUCCAGUAUGUCAGCUCUUACCUAUUUGAGCACAAUGAACCUCUCAUACAACCAUCUGUCUGGAAAGAUUCCAACAGGAAACCAGUUUGAGACCUUCAAUGCAUCUGUCUACAUGGGAAACAUUGGUCUAUGUGGCCGUCCCUUAACUGGGAGCUGUCCUGGAAACUCGUCAAGCCAAGACACGCACGGAAAUCAUCUUGAUUUGGGGCAUAUAUCCCUUUACCUUGCAAUGAUUAUAGGGUUUGUCCUCAACCUUUGGGUGGUCUUUUGUGUGAUGCUGUUCAAAACGAGUUGGAGGAUUGCCUAUUUCCGUUUUGUUGAUGAGCUCUAUGACAAGAUUUACGUGACUGUGGCAGUAAGAUUCGCCAUCUGGAAGAGGAAAUAUGGUAUUAGAAGUUGAUUAUCGUUAUGUAUUGUAUAGGCUACCAUGGGUUUACUAAUCACAACAGAACUUAUGGAUGGUACGGUUGAGUGGCAUCUGUGCGUGAGUCAUUAUUGUCUGUGUAAUGUAGCUUAUGAAUAUCUACGUGUCCACUUUGAUAUUUUCCUCACAUAAUAAAUUGCCCCUGUUUGCUUGUGA